UUAACUGUGGAAAUUUCGUGUUUGUGAAGAACUAAUUUAAAAAAUUAUGAAGAUUUAAAAUGUUUUUAAUGUGCUUAUGAGUUAGAUAUUGCAAAAAUUGCAAUGUUAUAAAUGAUUGUUUCAAAGCAUUAACAGCCAUGCAAAGAUAUAUAAAUUUAUUUAUAAUGAUGGUUGGAUUCCUAUAUGAAUAUACAAAAGGUCUGACAUGGUCUAUAAUGGGUAUGAUAGUGCUUUGUUAUUCUCUACAUCCAUUUAGGUUUGCUUCACAUUAUAAUCAUAUAAAGACAGAAAAUAUAAUCUUAGAACUUGAGCAAUCUUAUUCACCAAAAAACAAUGCCUGUUUUAUUAGUAUUACUGGUAGAAGAAGUUCAUAUCUUAUGUAUCCAGAUGAGAAUCCUAAAGAGGAACCACUAGCAUUAGCUCAAAGAUUGGGUAUAUUACCUGGUGGUCAGUGGAAACCAACAAAUUGUCAGCCAUACUAUAAUAUAGCAGUUAUUCUUCCUUAUAGAAAUCGAUGGAAUCAAUUGACUAUAUUUAUGAAUUAUAUUCAUCCUUUCUUGCAAUUACAAAAUAUAGAUUAUAGGAUUUUUGUAAUUGAACAAAGUCAAAUUAAAGAAUUCAAUCGAGCUAAGCUUUUUAAUAUAGGUUUUAAUGAAGCUAUAAAGACUAAUGACUUUCAUUGUUUCAUUUUUCAAGAUAUCGAUCUUAUCCCUCAAAAUUUAGACAAUAUAUAUGCUUGCACUAAAAUGCCAAGACAUAUGAGUUCAAGUGUGAAUACUUUUAGGUAUAAUCUUCCUUAUACUGGAUUAUUUGGUGGAGCUAUAGCACUUACAAGACAGCAAUUUGAAACAGCUAAUGGUUUUUCAAAUAUAUUUUUUGGAUGGGGUGGAGAAGAUGAUGAUUUUUAUAGUAGAUUGCAAAGUAGAGGAUAUCUGGUUACAAGAUUUGGUCCUGAUGUAGCACAGUAUUAUAUGUUAACACAUAAAAAAGAGGUUCCAAGUCAUACAAGAUUUACAAACUUAGAAAAUGGAGCAAGCAGAUUUGAUACUGAUGGUAUAAAGGAUCUUAAAUAUGAAGUAUUAAAUUAUCAAUUAAGACCUUUAUACUCUUGGAUUUUAGUAAAUAUUUAG